AUGUCGUUUAACGUUGCAAGUUUUUUAAUCAGUGUUACAUCUAAUCUUUCGAAAGUUAAACAAGUGAAGAAUAGAGCUAGAUUAGACCUUAAAGAUGAAAAUAUCAGUAAAAUAUAUAUUCAGAAGGUUAAGAGUAGUACUUUCCUGGAUUUUACUGUAGUGGAUUUUGAGAAAUGGAGGAUACUAGGUAGUCUAGCUAAAGAAAUUGAAAAGUUGAUUAAUGAAAUUAAAGGAG